UGUGGCCAGACUAUGGGCGUGUGUGUGUGUUUGUGUGUGUAUUCCAUAAUAUAGAGACGCCAACUCCAGAUGAGAUUCAAGCAGAGCUGGUGUUUGGCCACCAUGCAGAGAAUCGAUGUGGGAGUUGCUGUCAUGCUUGGAUUUCUGUUGGCUGACGUAUGCAGCCUUGCCAGCAGCACACGCUCUGACUGUGUGAUCCAUAUGGACACGUGCAUUGCACAUGUGUGCAAAAACCAAGAGGCUCUUGUCAGAAUCAUCUGUGAGAGUAAAGGAUGCCAAAUUACAGAUCCAGAAGUGUGUAACGUGACUAUCCAGGCUGUAUUUGACCAAUUUCCUCAGCUGAGAGAGUGUGUGUGCGCCUUGGAGGAGGGACUUUGUAGCGCCAUACAAGAGCUGGUGACACAAUGCAAGCCAAAGCCAGCAGCUCCACAGAUGAGAAGCACACGAACUGACUGGCAGUCAAGCACUUUAAUACACUUUGAUGAUGAUGCUGUUGGAUACUGCACAGACCAAAUGAGGCUUUGUGUGAGCGAUGCUGUGUGCAACAAGUAUCUGGCACGCGUACUUCAGGCUUGCAUGGCGGGCCAGUGUGACCCUGACCGCUGCGGACGAGAAACUCAACAUUUCUAUGCAAGCAUGCCACAUAACAUCGCAGAGAUGUUGGUCAUGUGUGAAUGUGAUCCUUCAGACCACAGCUGUCUGCAGAUGAAAGCUACGCUGCAUGGCAGCACAUGCAGUGAUGACACUUGGAUCUGUCAGGAGUCAGUCAGACACUGUGUUGAGGACCAACCCUGCAGAGAAUUGCUAACAAGCUUCCAAGUCAAAUGCUGGAGUCCCGAGGAAGCAUCGUGUGAUGAAGCUCUUCAAAGUGAAUGUUUCAGUCGCAUGAAUCCAUCAGUCAUUCUUGGAGGAGACUUGGACUGCAGAAAGGCCUUUGUGGCCACCGUGGGCACGGCACUGCACCACCCGUGCACAUGUAAACAAGUGCGCGGUCCUGAUCUCCUCACCUGUAGCAUGAUACAUGAUGUGCUUCACAACAGGUCGCACUUCAGGAGCCACUGGAGGACAAGUAAUGGCCCUUCUCAUCCUCCUGCAAUCAGCGCAUCAGGGAAAGGUCACAGAGGGCUAACUGAUUAUUUCCUCUACAGCUGUGCAGCUGCACUACUGCUUGGAAUUCUGCUAAUGCCUUUGGCUGUUUUAUAUAAAAUACGGGUUUUGAGAAGAGACAAGAGACGAGAUGAAACAGGAUUCCAGCCACUUGAUAAAGGUCACUGUGUUGCUCUUCUGUAAGAUCUCCACAAAUAUUAAAUAUUCAGUCAUUUUGUUGCUAUUUGAACUCAUAUCAGACAAGAAGGAUUCGAGUUUAUUAUGGUUGCUAAUUGUAUGAGAUUCUGUUUGUGAUGACUUUUUUUUCAUGUAAAGAUAUCUGUAAGCUGGUUUUCUUCAGGCAGUGAAAAUCUACUGCAAAU